GCAGGCUGAAGCAGGCAGGAUGGCAUAGACAACCCACAUAACUGGAAAAGGCGGGCACAUUUAACAGGGAGGAAUGAACAGACCUUGUGGGAAGUGCGUAUGCUGCCAAAGAAAGUCCCGGGACUUCGGAACCUGCAGUUUCAACGAGGUGACCAGCAAUGGCAGCAUCGGGAGGGACCCGCCGGCCGAGACCCAGCCCCAGAACCCAGCACCCCAGCCAGCGCCCAACGCCUGGCAGGUCCUCAAAGGCGUCCUGUUCAGGAUCUUCGUCAUCUGGGCCCUCAGCAGCUGGUUCCGCCGAGGGCCGGCCCCUCAGGACCAGACAGGCCCCGGAGGAGCCCCGCGCGUCGCCAGCCGCAACCUGUUCCCCAAAGACACUUUAAUGAACCUGCACGUGUACAUCUCAGAACACGAGCACUUUACAGACUUCAAUGCCACGUCGGCGCUCUUCUGGGAGCAGCAUGACCUUGUGUAUGGUGACUGGACCAGUGGCGAGAAUGCCGACGGCUGCUAUGAGCACUUCGCUGAGCUGGACAUUCCACAGAGUGUCCAGCAGAACGGCUCUAUCUACAUCCACGUCUACUUCACCAAGAGCGGAUUCCACCCAGAUCCCCGGCAGAAGGCCUUAUAUCGCCGGCUCGCCACGGUCCACAUGUCCCGGAUGAUCAACAAAUACAAGCGCCGGCGAUUUCAGAAGACCAAGAACCUGCUGACAGGAGAGACGGAGGCUGACCCGGAAAUGAUCAAGAGGGCCGAGGACUACGGGCCUGUGGAGGUGAUCUCCCAUUGGCAUCCCAACAUCACCAUCAACAUCGUGGAUGACCACACACCCUGGGUGAAGGGCAGUGUGCCCCCACCCCUGGACCAAUAUGUGAAGUUUGACGCUGUGAGUGGCGACUACUACCCUAUCAUCUACUUCAACGACUACUGGAACCUGCAGAAGGACUACUACCCCAUCAAUGAGAGCCUGGCCAGCCUGCCUCUGCGUGUCUCCUUCUGCCCACUCUCGCUCUGGCGCUGGCAGCUCUAUGCUGCCCAGAGCACUAAGUCGCCCUGGAACUUCCUAGGCGAUGAGCUAUACGAGCAGUCGGAUGAGGAGCAGGACUCAGUGAAGGUUGCUCUCCUGGAAACCAACCCCUACCUGCUGGCGCUCACCAUCAUUGUGUCCAUCGUGCACAGUGUCUUUGAGUUCCUGGCCUUUAAGAAUGAUAUCCAGUUCUGGAACAGCCGGCAGUCCCUGGAGGGGCUGUCUGUGCGCUCUGUCUUCUUCGGCGUUUUCCAGUCCUUUGUGGUCCUCCUCUACAUCCUGGACAACGAGACCAACUUCGUGGUCCAGGUCAGCGUCUUCAUUGGGGUCCUCAUCGACCUCUGGAAGAUCACCAAGGUCAUGGAUGUCCGGCUGGACCGAGAGCACAGAGUGGCAGGAAUCUUCCCCUGCCCAACCUUCAAAGACAAGUCCACAUACAUCGAGUCCUCAACCAAAGUGUAUGACGACAUGGCGUUCCGGUACCUGUCGUGGAUCCUCUUCCCACUCCUGGGCUGCUACGCCGUCUACAGCCUCCUGUACCUGGAGCACAAGGGCUGGUACUCCUGGGUGCUCAGCAUGCUGUACGGCUUCCUGCUGACCUUUGGCUUUAUCACCAUGACACCCCAGCUCUUCAUCAACUACAAGCUCAAGUCCGUGGCCCACUUGCCAUGGCGCAUGCUUACUUACAAGGCCCUCAACACCUUCAUUGAUGACCUGUUUGCCUUCGUCAUUAAGAUGCCUGUCAUGUACCGAAUUGGCUGCCUGCGGGACGAUGUGGUUUUUUUCAUCUACCUCUACCAACGGUGGAUUUACCGCGUCGACCCCACCCGUGUGAAUGAAUUCGGCAUGAGUGGAGAGGGUGCCACAGCAGCUGCGCCGCUGACCCCGGCCCCCACGCCCACCACGGCCACCGCUGGUACCAGGGAAGAGGCCUCCACGUCCCUGUCCGCCAAGCCCACCCUGGGGCACGAGCCCCAGGAUGCCCCUCCAAAGCCAGCAGAGGACAAGAAGAAGGAUUAGCCCUCUGGUCCUCGUCCACUCCGGCUCCUGUGACCACCGUCCCACCUCCCCGGCCCCUCGCCUCUCCUCCCUGUCGCCCUUUCCCUGGACAGAUCAGGCCGGGCCAGCGGGAGGCCCCCUCAGGCCAGGGCCCAGCACGAGAGGUGGGGCUGCGGAGGCCAGGGCUCGUUGUGUGCGGAGGCACCGUCUGUCUGUCUGUCUGUCCUGUGUGUUUCCAGCCUUCGCCCUGCCAGCCCAGCACAUCGGGAAUCAUGGGAAAGCCAACACGGCACUGCCGAGGGUGGGCCAGGCGGGGAGGGGCCCUGGCCCUCCGCGGGCCACCUGCGAUCAUCCAUCGUCUCGUUCCUCGUCCCCACCAUCCCUCCUCCCAGACCGCCGCCCUUUAACACAGUCUGGAUUUAAUAAAUUCAUAUGGGUGUUUAACUUAAACUCAACCACCGCCCUCCUCCUCCUCCUUCCUGCCGCCCUGCAGAGCCUUCUGCAGGUGGCUCUCCUGGCUGCAGUAUGGAGGCCUGUGUGUACAGGAUGCAGAAUGGUGGACUCAGUGACCACCCAGUGAGAGCCCUGGCCUCUGGUCCCCCUGUGGUCCCCAGGAAGCUGACUCCAGUUGGCUACACCAAUACUCUGGGAGCCUUGUGUGUGCCCAGCAUGCGUCUGACACCAUGCUUCCAGGCAGGGCCCAGAGCACUGGUCAGUCAGGCCUGCACUGCCUGGUGGGCAGCAUCCUCCCCAGGCCUCAGUCUGCAGCGGGAACGCAGUGACACCCCAUAGGUAGCCCUGGCACUGAGAACCCAGCUGAGCUGUCAGUCCUUG